UUCAUUUCUGCUUGUGGUGCUGGAGGCACAGCAUAUUGCAAGAGCGUAAGGUGACGCGCAAGGACCUGAGACACGCAUGGCUAUCAAAUGGAUUACUCGGACAUACUCUUGACUUGAACUCAGACAAUCAAGGACAAUGCAGUCAGGACGCGCACACAGGAUUUACACAGAGCUUGAAGAACUUGUUUCUUCCACUCAAUGAAAAUAAAAACUAGCUGGCUUUGAUACACAUUCAUUCAGUCGGCUGAUAUCACACCGAGCGGAAGGACUUGGAUAGACAGCACUGCCGAUGUUUUAGAUGACAUUCUGAAUGCUUUUUGUCCCACAGCUGCGCCAUUCAAGUGGAUCAUUUGGAUCGGCAGGAACUUAAACUUGGUUACAAUGUGAGUGAAUGGAUUUGUUUCCUGAUUAAUUCAUCGAGACGAGAGCGAAACCCACCAAGCGAAAGGACACGCGUGAGAAAGCUUACCAUGCACUGACAACAAGGAAUGGAAAGCAUCAGUGUGGAAACGGACUGGGAUGGGUUAGCCCUCUCCUCUCUCGGCGUCACAGGAAGGAACAAUAUUUCUUCCUCGUUCGUCUCUGAACUGAACUCCCUCAACAGUUCUCAAAGCGGGGGAUCAUUUUUUGGGUUUUUCUCUGAGAAUGGUUCCACCCCCACGCCUCACACCUUGCCCCAGCCCAUCAGGGACCUGGGUCUGGCUCGGGCAGAGAUUGCAGUUCUCGGGGUGGUGCUGGCUCUUACCACCCUGGGAAACAGCUUCGUGCUGUGGGUGCUGCUGAGGAGGGGGAAGCAAAACGCACCAAUGCACGUGUUCAUGGUCAACCUCUGUGUGGCUGACCUGGUGGUGGCCUUCUUUCAGGUUCUGCCACAGCUAAUAUGGGACAUCACAGGGAGCUUUCAGGGGCCUGAUUUUCUGUGCCGGUCCGUCAAGUACUUGCAGAUUGUUGGGAUGUUUGCUUCCUCCUACAUGAUAGUUGCAAUGACGGUAGACCGGCACCAGGCCAUCUGCUUCCCGUUGAAAGCCUACCGUGGGGGAGCAAUGUCCCGCUGGAACACCCCUGUCAUGGUGGCCUGGGGCUUGGCGCUUGUCCUCAGCAUACCACAGGCGUUCAUCUUCUCUCGCUCAGAAGUGGCUUCUGGAGAGUUCGAUUGCUGGGGUCACUUUGCUGAGUCGUGGGGGCUGAAGGCCUACAUCACCUGGAUGACCGUGGCUGUGUUUGUUCUCCCUGCCCUCAUAAUUACCAUCUGUCAGAUAAGAAUCUUCCGAGAGAUUCACAACAACAUCUACCUUAAGUCAGAAAGGAUUGUGAUGGCUGAGUUAAAGAAGAAGAAAGAGAUCUUCUUCCCCUUCCGCAGCUUGAAGAAGGAGGACGAACGGGCCAGAGAGAGGGAGAAGGGAAGGCGGGCGUCCGGAGGAGGAGGUAGGGAUGGCAGAGGAGGACAGUUCUUAAAGGGUGUGAAUAACAACCCUCACAAUAACACUCAUAACAGCCAAGUUGGAGAGUGCUGCGACAAUGACCCAUCCGCUAUCCAGUAUAGUUGUUGUAGUGACCACGUGACUACACCAGCAUUGGCUGCACAGCAGCAAACACUGAACGGCUCAGAUGGCCAGGAGAUGCCCUCUGGCUCAGCCCGCUGCUCCCUUGACUACGCCCGCCAUUCCCUUCCAGCCUCUCCAGUCAUUCUGCCUCCAAGCAUCACGAAGGCCGUGUCCAAGACGGUGAAAAUGACCCUAGUUAUUGUGCUGGUCUAUACUAUCUGCUGGUCGCCUUUCUUCAUCGUCCAGCUUUGGGCAGCCUGGGACCCCAACCCUCCAGACCAAGCAGGAGUGGCUUUCACAAUCCUGAUGCUGCUGGCUAGUCUGAACUCAUGCACCAACCCGUGGAUCUACACAGCGUUCUCCAGCAGUGUGUCCAGAGAGCUGCUGAAUCUGCUGCACUGUCGGUCAGGAACUGGCCGCCGGGGCUCCUUGCCUGACGACUCCACCACGACACACACCUCCACCACCAAGGACAGCAUGUACUGAUAGAGACUGAUGAGACCGAAACAAACAAAGAGACAUGUUUGAAAAGACAUGCAACGGUGCACACAGGCCCGAUGGAAGGACGUGCGAUUACACAGAACUCUGCCACCACCAGCCAAAGCGUCGGAGCCUGACAACACAGCACGCUGACCUCCACCAGAUGUUAUCAACAACAAGGGCAGCUGUGCUGUCAACAGGUCCUCUAUCUGUAAUCACCGGUCCUUUUUACCCCAGCAGAGAGGAAUUGUGUCAUUGAAGACGUCAACACCAUUUUAUGAGGGGAUGUAGAAUAUACAGCAGCUGUCAGAGACAGCAUCUCCAAUGCAAAAUGGACUUGAAAGUAAGGAGGUUUCCCCCUCAGCUGCAGUUGAGUAGGACCGUGUGCAUUUAUCAUAUGAGAAAAACCCUUUCCCUGCUCAGACAGAGCAUAGCGACAGGAAUGCAAGGAGUGGUUCACUGUAUUAACAGCCUUACGGCACGCCUAAUAUACUAAGUAGCACACAACACUAUGGGUGGAGGGAAAACAAAGCAGCAGGCCGACGGAAAGAGAGAGAUGUAUGUUGGCAGCAAGAGAGCGAGACUGCUGUUAGAAUAAGAACAGACGUGGUACGAAUGUAUGCUCCAGCUGCAAGAGCAGCCCGGAGGCUGAAGUAGAAAUCGAAUAAUGUGAACAAACUUUGUUGAUUCAAAGAAAGUGACUUAAAGGCAAAAUGUUUGUUAGAUGGAGAUUCACUCAUGAGGGCAGUGCAGUCGACACCGUCCCACAAGUAAAUGGAAUACUGUGGAUUAAUGCAGAGAGAAACACACCCACAUAUAACAUAUAGAAAUGACAGGACAACGAUAAAGCCUCGAAGAAUACAAAUGAGCAAUCCAGGUUUCUGCAACCAACCUGGACUCAAUUGUAUGAUUGUAGCCUAUUUGGUACGAACACAGAAAGAACCUUCUCGUCAUACUCUUCUGAAUAUACUGUAAGAAACAAGAACAUGAAGAAGACGCAGGAAGGAAACAAAGUGCAUUCCAUGUACAGUGGUAAACAAUGUAAAAUAUAUCUAUUGAAAAUGUAAGGCACAUUAGAUAUUGUCACAUUUUGUGUAAGAUAGACGUUAAAUGUAAAUCAUACAAUUGUUUUGGUCCGAUAUGCAGACAAUAAUGGGGUGUCAAACCAAAGAUUUUUGUAAAGCUUGACUGUAGAAUAAAUUCAGGUCUUAAAAGGUUAAUACAAAACUUCAACAGACGUGUAGAGUGAAAUAAAACAACUGCACGGCAUUUGAAGAAAGACUUCCUAUCAACAGCGAAAAUACUUCCAGUCAAACCAAGUGCCUGUAAUGUCAAUAGACAUUUUCAGAGGGGCCUCCUUCACUGGAGUGAUCUCUGAAUGGUGAUGUCAGCCUAGUUAUUCUUAGAUAGGACCAUUGGUUAUAUCACACUAAGAGCCAUGUGUUUUAUAUUUGUAUUUAUUGUUGUAUAAUUGAAAAUAAAUCACAUGUAUUUGUAACAAUUAAUUACAUGUAUAUACAAAUACAUAUAUGGUAUAUUGUAUAUAUAUAGUAAUUGUUAUAUUUAUAGUUAUUAGUUCCUGGAUGCUGCCUUAUGUACAGUUUUUAUAUUACAUUUUUCUGCAUAAAGAGUAUUGUAUUAAGCCCCUCAACUGCAUGACAGACUUACAAUAAUAAUGUUAUGACAUUGUUGAUAAAGUAUGAUUAUAUAAGCUAUUGUACAUACAUAUAUGGAUAUCUAUGUGAUUUUUUUACGUGUGUAUAAAAUAAGAUUAGAAUUUA